CUGGAGCUCGUUUCUCCCAGAGAAUUUCAUCACUGAGAGAGGAUUGAAAGCCUCCAGGAUCCCUGAUCUUACCAACAGGCCCGCCAUGGAGAAUGCGGAAGAAGACCCUCCAUCGUCCGCAGUGAUGCUGGACCAGGCCAGCUUCUCGCAGGUCAUCUUCAACAACGUGGAGAAGUUCUACAUCCCCGGGGGGGAUGUCACCUGCUACUAUGUCUUCACCCAGCAGUUUGCCCCGCGUCGAAAGGACUGGAUUGGCAUCUUCAAAGUGGGCUGGAAGACAACCCGGGAGUACUACACCUUCAUGUGGGUGGCUCUGCCCAGUGACCCCAGCGCCAAGCAGCAGGAAGUCCAGUUCAGAGCCUAUUACCUGCCGAAGGAUGAUGAGUACUACCAGUUCUGCUAUGUGGAUCAGGACGGCAUGGUCCGAGGAGCAAGCAUCCCUUUCCAGUUCCGUCCGGAAAGUGAGGAGGACAUCCUGAUUGUCACCACUAAGGUGAAAGUGGAAGAGACUGAGCAGCACAAGAAGGAGCUCUGCCAGGAAAACCAGGAGCUGAGAGCCCGCUGCGCCCACCUGGAGGGGCAGAACUCGGCGGCACAGGCGGAGCUGCGGAGGAAGCAGGAGGAACUAGAGACUCUACAGAGCGUCAGGAAGAGGUUGGAGCAGGAAUCCGAGGAGCAGAAGACCCGCUGGGACAGCGAGAGGCUCCAACUGAAAGAACAGGACCGGAAGCUGCGCUCUGAAAAUGAGCAGCUGGGAGCCAGCGUGGCGGAGCUGCGGUCCCAGCUAUUGAGUCAAGAGAGAGAAAUGGAGGAGCUGGUCCGGAGAGAUGAAAAAAAGACAGAGCAAUUGCAACAUCUGGAAAAUGGAAACAAGCAGCUCUGUCUCAGUUUAACUGAAAAGAGGGAGCAGCAGCAGAAGCUGGAGCAGGCGCUGGAGGAGAUGCGGCUGAGAGAAGCCGCUGCGCUGAAGACGCAGGCGGACUUAAUGCCUAGGGGAGAGCCGGCCGCAGGGGAGGCGAGGUUAGUGCAAGAGGUGGCGCGGCUGAAGGCGCAGGUAGAGGCCGGGAAAGCCUGCUUCUUAGAGAAGUACAAGGAGUGCCGCCGGCUGCACAGACAGAUCAGGCAGCUCAGGGCCGCGGUGCGGGAUGAGAACUUGGACCUGUCCAGGCGCCUAGGAGAGAACAAGGUUCUGAGUGAUUCUCUGCAGGGAGAGAAAAAUCUGCUGGAAAGAGAAAAUGACCUGUUGAGGAAGGAGAGCUGCAGGUUGCUGAGUUACCAGCGUCUGAACUUUGACUCUCUGCUGCCUCGAGCACCAGCUUGGAAUCAGGAAGGCAAGGAUCCAAACCCGGGCCUGGUCUUUGGAAACCCGUACUCUGGCACCCAGGAGAGGUCCAGCCCCGGCCCAGUGAGGUGCCCGGCACCCUUGCGCGGGCCGCAGGUCCCCAAGACUUUCCGGCCCCUAUCAGUGCCCAGGCUUCAUGGAGCAGACGUUGGGUGGAAGCAGAGGGUGACCCUGAGCCCCGGCGCCUCUGAGGAGCGGCAGCAGGCACAGGGCCACUCUAGAAUGUGUCUGAUUUGCAACAAGACCUUCGCAGAGACAGAGAAGCAGAUCUUUGAAGACCACGUGUUCUGCCACUACCUGGACCAAACUCAGGAUCCUGUGCUUGAGACGCAGGCGCAGCACCUCUGAGCCACCUCCCCGGCCUCCUCUGAGCUCUGUGCCCUCGGCUGUCGUUGCUGUCGGUCUUAGUGGUUCACUAGGAGUCAUUAGAAAUUUAGAUGUUCUAUUUGGGUGGGGUUGCCGAAUACUGAAGCAGCUGUUGUUAAUCUGUAACACUAAAAAUAAAUGACUUUUUCAGGGA